CUGGUUUACCUUAUUUCUAAAGCUAGUGUCAGGACCUUAUGUUUCAAAGUAUAAUUUGUCUUCUAUUUUUAUGCUAAAGGAUGAAACAACAGAUUCUCUAUUCUAUGAUUUCUGCUAUAGAAUUGCUUGCAUUGAUUUGUCACAAAUGCAAAUUGAUUGAUUGGUGGUCGUUGAUGUGUUGCUAGGUUCCUUGUGGAACAGAGAAGGACCAAAAGCCUCCUAAAUGUCGAAAAUUAUGUGAAAUUCCUCCUUUGUGCAGGCAUGGGACAUACGUCAAGGUGUUACUAAAAAUGCUUUAUCUCAAAAUUUGGACUUUGUGCAUAAUUUUCAUUGGUUUUAGCACUGUUGAAAACUUCUGUUUUAUCCAUUCCAGUGAUUUGGUUAUUGUAACAUGUUAUCUUGAUGAGAGGUCUAACAAUUUCUGAUUUUGGAACUCUGUCCAGCCACACAAAUGUCAUUAUGGUGCUUGCCCACCUUGUCGGUUAAUUUGUGAAGAAGAGUACCCAUGUGGACAUAAGUGCCAAUUAAGGUUCUCCUUUAUUUUUUAGAUAAUUGACAUUUUCCAAUGUACGGUACUUGGAUGGUAAUUCUAGAUAUUCGCUUCAACAAUCUCUCAUUGUUUUUUUAUGCUUCAGAUGCCAUGGUCCCAUGCCCCCUCCCAAACCUGAAUUCAUGUUCAAACCAACAAAGAAAAGGCCUAUUCAUCAGAGCGAGUCUACCCCGGGGUCUCCUUGCCCUCCUUGCCCCGAACUUGUUUGGAGAUCAUGUGUUGGCCAGCACUAUGCUGCAGAGAGAAUGGUUGGUUCUAUUCUGUGGUUUCAUUUGUUUAUUACCUGUGUUGAUAUUAGUCCACUGCACAGCCUUUCUUGUUCUUUUUAUGUUCCUUUUCUCUCUGUUUGUAACUUGCCGUCUAUUUCUUGUUUGCAAUUUAGAUGGUCUGCUCGAACAAAACCAUGUUUUCUUGUGAAAAUCUCUGUGGGAAUCCUCUUCCUUGCGGCAAUCACCAUUGUACAAAGACGUGCCACGCUCUGAAGUUCAAUACCUCAAAUCGGUUGGGCCAAAUUGGUAAAAGUGACUCGUGUGAAAAGUGUAAUCUUCCUUGUGAAAAGGUAAUAGACCUUCUCAGCUGAAACUUCUCUAUUUAGAUUAAUUAUGUCUUUCCUAUAUGUAUAUAGUUUACCAAAAUUUAUAAUUGCAUGAUAUUCAAAACACGCACAGGAGAGGAAGCCUGGGUGUACACAUCCUUGCUCUUUGCGGUGUCAUCCUGAUGAUUGUCCACCUUGCAAGGCGCUUGUGAAACGGUCUUGCCACUGUGGCUCUAUGGUCCAUGCUUUUGACUGCAUUUACUACAACAGCUUGUCAAAAAAGGAGCAAAUUUCUGCUCGUUCUUGUGGUGGGCCCUGCCAUCGGUACGUAGAUAGAACUACUCUCUUUUCUAAUGGUUGAUGGUGAUGCUCUCGUGUGUGUGCAUAGUGACCAGAGGCAUGAGGAUCUUGCCUUUUGUGCCUGCUGAUUUUGCUGCCUCGUUUGCCUAUCUCCACUUCUCUGUGAUGGAUCCUCUUAUUGCUUUCCUUUGAUAUUUGAGUGACUAGAUGCAAAUACAACAAAGCGUUACGAAAUUAAAAGUAUAGAAAAUGAAAUCGAAUGAGAAAUCUAAAAAAGUAUGACAUGAACAAACAUAAAAAUGGGAAAUUACUAGCCAAAGAGGCCCCUGGUCCGAGGGGUGGAACUUUCCGACUGGAGUAGCAAAUCUAACCAAGAGUGGACCUUCCCUGUUCACCUAAGUUAUUCUCGUGAUCAAGAAUAAAGUUCAUUACAAUGCUACGAAAUUGCAGCUCGAUGCUGUGGGCUGAAGUACUUCCUAUAUGGUUGUCCAUUGGCAAUAAUUAAAGAUCUUUCUUAUGUUGCUGGAUAUAAUUAUUCUGAGACUUUGUAUGCAUUCACAUGAUGUCUUGAGUUGGAAGCUGUCAAGUGUCAACCCUCUCCUGGUCGUGCUUUUAUGAGGCGUUCUGUGAGCCAACUGAUUUUGAGAAUACUUCUAUUUAUGGUUUCUGCCACUGUUGCAACAGCCCACAGGUUGUAUUGGGUUUGGAUAUCCCAUGAAGUCAUAGUUGCAUUAUAGUUUAUAUCUAUCAGGUCUAGAGGACCUAUAACAUCGUAUUAGUAUGUUAAUAAGUUCUGAAACUAUUGCCAUGUUAUUGAUGCAGGAAGUUGCCUAACUGCACACAUUUAUGCCCAGAGACAUGUCAUCCAGGUGAAUGUCCAUCACCUGACAAGUGCAGCAAAAAGGUAGGAAUAAUUCUAUCAGCUUAGAUAAAGAACAAGGUUUGGAUGAUUUUUAUCAGAUCACCUAAUGGAUUAUAUGAUGCUAGUUUUAGUUCUUGCUCUGAACUUACCUUGUAAAAUAUCCUUUUGGAAGGUUACUGUUCGCUGUCGGUGUCAAACUUUGAAAAAGGAGUGGCUUUGUAAAGAUGUUCAGGAAGCCCAUCGCACAGCUGGUUCUGAUCCCAAAGAUGUGUCUAAAAAUCACUUUGGACUCGGACUUCUACCUUGUAAUUCAGAUUGCAAGGCUAAAAUUCAAGUUGUGGACCAGGAACUGCAUUUGCGUACAUCAAAGGAUGCUGAGGUUGGUGCCCUUUUACAUUGGCCAGAAUCUCACUUAGUAGUUAGUACUGCUAAUGCAUAUCUGUUUGCAUGUGAUGAUGAGUUUUAACUCGUGGAAUCAUUUUUUCUCUCAACUUUUUGAUGUCAUUGAUGGUAGAAUUUAUCAGCCGUCUAAAUGAACCUGCAUUCAUAUAUCCCGUUACUUGUACGUUUUCUUCAGAAAGGGUUGUCUGAAAUGAUAGCUGCCCAAACCCAAAAAGUUAUAGGUUAGGUAGGCAUCUAUUCAAGUGAAACACCCUUGUGUGAUAAAAUACAAAUCAAGUCACCCAUCACUAUCAGUUAUUUACUACUGAGACUCUUUCAGCAGCAUCUUGCACAUUAUUGGCUUAGGCAACUUUGAACUGAAAUGUGUUAUGCUUUUCACAUCUGUGGUAGGAGAAAGACAGCACUACUGAAGCACAGCUUUCUAGACGUAAAAAACGACGUCAACGGUUACAAGAAGCAAAACAGUUAUCCACACUCCAGGUAAUGUGAUAGACCGUUGGAUAUCCACACUCCAGCACGUGUUUAAACCGUUGGAUUGCCCCCCUGCAUUCCCAGCACUCCCAGGUGCACAUCGGGAUUGUUUUAAACCAUCCUGUUCUAAAGGCUCAUCGUUGGGAAGAAUGCACAGGAGGCAAUCCAACAAUGAACAGUACAGUUUUGUUCGUCUUUCUUGACUACUGACAUAUCUAAUGAGCUAAUCUUACUAUUUGGACCAGAAAAUUCUCCCCGCCGUGAAGAAGCUCCUUCUAGUUGUCAUCCUCGUGGGUACUCUGGUAGCUGCAUCAUACUAUGGUUACAAGGGUCUGAUGUGGCUCUCGGAUUACAUGAACGAAGUGGAAGAGCAAAGACACAGUAGCAAAAGAAGAUAUCCCAGAAUCUAGCAUAUACACACCUGUGAGACCCUCAAGUAAGCAUAUUCCUCAAAAACUUGCUGCUUCAUUUACUCUAAUAAAGCAAGCCUCACACAGCAGAGAACACUAAGAUUGAUGGGGAAAGGGGUUCAAGCCUGUAGGGAAGGAGUUCAAUAAUCUGCUUCAAUGAUUUGUGGGACUAGUUGGAUAAGAGUGGUUUUGUGUUUGGACAUUUGGAUUCCUUAUGCAUAGAUUUACACACAACACUCACACUCACUCACUUCGGUGGAGGCUAGGAUUGGACAUCCUGUUGUUGUUUUGGGUUUGUGUGGUUAUCUGUUGGAACCAAAUUGGAUGCCUCGACAGCAAAAAUCAUUGGGCAUGCAGAACUAGAGAGGGGCCGGAGCGGCGAUUACGGUGUCGUUAUCUUGUUUUAACCUUGUUGUUGGAUAGUGCUUUGUGUGGGAUGUUUACUUGAUACUUAAAACCGUUUUAUCUAUUAGUGAGACAUGAUUAUAAUAAUGUGUACAAUGCUGAUAGGCGGUAUGAAAUUGUUGAAUGUUAAAAACUACUUUGUCAGAAACUUUUUCGGUGAAACUUCUAGUACAAGCAUGGAUGAGCCGAAACUUUUUCGGUAUGGAACACGCCAAACACACCAUCGAUAGUGGUCCAAGCAUGGAUGAGCCGAAAACUUCUUGGCUGCGAAGGCUUAUGAACAACCUCUUGAGUUGUACUCGAGAGCAAAGGAGGGAUGUCGUGGCCUAUCCUCCCAUUCCCGCUCCGGCACGCCCAUCAUUCCGUGAUGGUGAGCCCAUUGUGCCCCCGGUUGAGCCCCCACGAAGGAGCAAACGCAGGCCUCUGCCUACUUUCGAAGAGGUGCGUACAACUCAAGAAACCGAGCUCCCUGAACCAUUUGAGUACGAGUGGGCACCUGCAUCGGAUGUCGUUGGAGGUUCAUCUCAGAGUGAACAAAAUUUCUCUCAUUUCCACCAUCAGCAACAGAGUUCGAUGUAUCACACCCCGCAUCAACAAACCCCUCACCGCCCGAUCUACCAGCAGGCUACCGGUCCAUCUCAGCAACUUCAUCGUCACUUGUAACUCCAGUAGGGGCUUGGGUUAAGAGACAUCCGCGACAAGUCGUUGAGCGAGCCCGCCAAGAAGCAGAAGGAGGAGGUGGAAGAAUGGGUCGAGGACGUCGUGGAGGACGAGGGCGAGCUGAGGGCCAAAAUGAGAGGCAACCAAAUGAAGAAAACCAGUGAACUAUCUAGUGUUUUCGGUCUUGUGAUUUGAGUUUGCAUUGUCGUUGAGUUAUCCAUGUUGUUUUUAAAAUUUUUAGGUCUUGUGAUUUGAGUUUGCAUUGUCUAAAAAUUAUCCUAUGCACUUAAGUUGUCAUUGAAACACUUUAUUGAUGACAUUUUUUGUUUUAUUUUUCUGGAUCAAUUUAUCUAGAAUUAGUAUCUAAGCUCAACACGAAAAAGUUGGGAAAAUCAAUCACGAUCAUGUAGAAUAUUACAGAUCUCAAUUCCGAGUUCAAACGAGUGAGAUAAGUUAGUUCAAAACUGCAUAUGUCGUUAGAGUAACGUUUGCGUACCUAAAACUAAAACGAACGUAUCUUAUUCGUUUGACGUCGAAAUAACGAGCCGUUUGUGGCUACACUAUCGUAUCGACAAGGAGAACACUUUAGAGUGAACAACGGGGUAAUGAAAAUUAAACAAGUAUUUCAAACAACGGGGUGGUGAGAAUUCAAAUAAGCUUACAAUUUAGUACCACAUUACAAGUAAAUGAAUAUUAAGAUAGAUG